UUCAAAGGCGGAAGAAGGACGAGAGGAAGGCGGCAAUGGCGGGAGGAGGCCGCGGCCUCCAGAGGCGGGCUCACUCCGCAGGAGAGACCCGGGCAGGUGCCGUUUCCUCUCCUCCGAGGCGAAGGUCUGAACGGACGGCUUCUUCCAUGGCUGCAUCUUCGUCUCCAAAGAAGACAUGUUUGAGGCCCAGCAGGGCGGACAUCAGUCCGCCUCCUGCGCCGCUCAAGGUGAAGAAGCCCAUCAUUGCUCUGAAGAAAAUUAUGCCACGAUCGAACCGGCAGGUAAAAGAGGCUGCCAUCACACCCCGACGGAGUCCAAGGGUCCCUUUACAAGAAGAUAAGGAGAACGUCCCAGAGGCUGGGAGCCCGCCCGCAAAGGAGGUUGCCAAGGCGAAUUGCACGGAUAAGAAGGUCCUGUCACCGGUUGACGGCAAUAAUGCCGACGGGGCCGACGAGCGGGACGAGGCCAUGGCCAAGCGAGUGCGGAGCUCCUACAGCCGCCUGGAGCUCAGUUUCGUGGGGAAGGAAGGCAAUACCACCUUCUCCUCCACCCCAGACGCCCGCAAGCAGCAGACCCUCUUCGGCUUUGACCGGCUCCUGAUGGAGGAUGGAGCGGAAGCGGAAGCAUUGCCCGCAAACGCCAUAAACACUGGGAAAUGGGCCGAAGCCAUGUUGGAGCUAAACACGGACCUCCCGGGCAUCGCGGGGGAGAAGCAGAACCGCCGGAGGAGGAAGGUGCCCCAGUUCCAGGAAUCUGAGCUGGACGAAUGGAUGGCCCAGAUGAACGCCGAGUUUGAGGAAGCGGAGAAAUUCAAUCUCUUGGUGGAAUGAAGCCUUUUGUGUUGAAAAGCUCAAUGCCCAACCCUUUACUAACAAAUGAGAGACAUUCUGCUCUUCACCUUGGGACUGAAUGCCUUGUACAUUGCGGUGUAUAUUUGCUGUGCAGCUUGAGGCUUGCAUUCCCCGUAUAUGCAUAGCUAGAAUGUUAAUUUUUCUACUUCAUUCGUAGAUAAAACCUGAGGUUUCUUUACAAGGUGUGUUUGUGUAUAUAAUGUUCCUUCCCUCCCCAAAGUCAACCCCGAU